AUGGCGCAACCCCUCUUUGGUAUCGUCCCCACGGGUCUGCCCGUCCUCACCACGCCCACUGAGGCUCCUUCACCCACAUCCUUCCUCUACUCCAUCGCCAGCACUCCCGACCGGCCGUUUAACCAUGCCGUCGUCUUCUUGCUGCCGGGAGUCGAGCUGCCCCCGGGCACCGCCGCCGCCAUCUAUCUCGUCACACCCCCCACAGCCGGCGAAACAACGCCCACGUCGCGCUUCCUUGGCGGCAUCGGUCCGGGCAAAGAGUCGGCCAUUUUCAAGAUUGGCGGGAACGCGUCGCCGGGCGCCCCGACGGUCAUUGGCAUCAGCAUUGAAGAGGCCGGCAGCGUGGCCACGCGGGUCGAAGAGGUGCGGGCGUCGUCGGCGUCGUCAGCGUCGUCGUCUUCGGCCAGCAAAGCGCUCGUCCCGAGCAGCGGCAGAGGCUCAGCGGGCGGCCCGUCGACGCUCGUCCUCGCGCAGCGCAUCAUCCAGAAUGCCUUCAACUUCCUGGCCAGCUUCAGCAGUGGUGGCGGCAGCGCCGGCGAUGUCGUGCCGCUGCGGGCCUUUGAGGACUGGUGGCGCAAAUUUGAGGGCCGCGUGCGAAGUGAUCCGACAUUUUUGGAACGGGCGCAAGAAUAA